AUGGACUUUACCCCGACCAUCUUCAAGGUUUACGAGUCGCUGCGCUACAAACCGCCAAAUGGAUGCUACACAGUUCUUGCAGCAUUUUAUUUGAUCAACAAUGACCGGAAUCAGUCAACGAUCAUCUCGUUGGCCACAGGCACAAAAUGUUUGCCAGUUGACAAGUAUUCAAAGACUGGAGAUGUCGUACACGACUUUCAUGCAGAGGUUCUCGCGCGAAGAGGGGCCGUCUAUUGGCUCCUGCGUGAAAUGCAGAAGUGGGCCACAUCUGGGAAGAGCGAAUGGCUGCAAUACGACCAGGAAGACGAUCACUGGGAACUCAAUCCUAACGUAUCUCUUCAUAUGUACAUCUCAGAGCUGCCAUGUGGCGAAGCGUCAACCAGGGCAAUUGCACAUAUUCAAUCUAUUCAUGACCCAGAAAUGGCAUCGUUAAAGGACGAUGGUCCUCCGAAUAUAUUGGACGACCUUACCCCUGUGGCUGCCCGAGGUCGAAACGCCUACUCACGAUUCAAUGUAGUACGGACAAAGCCAGGAAGAGGAGAUGCUCCUCCGACAAAUGCCAUGUCCUGUAGCGACAAGAUAGCACUGUGGUGUGCUGUUGGUAUUCAAGGGGCCCUCUUGUCAUCGAUGGGCAUGACACCUCUCUAUAUCAAGAGUAUCACUAUUUCUGGUGUGAAAGGAACACAGAUCCUCGAGGACAUGGAGAAUGAUAUUCAAGACGACUGUCGAAGAGCAUUUUCGGGUCGCCUGCACAAACCAGAUUCUCAGGUGCAUACCCCCCACAUCUUAUUCACUACCUGUCAAUAUACGCAGGGGAGGGAUCGUGGGAGCGGGAAAAGUAGAUCCUCAAAUGAAUCUCUUUGUUGGAUAUCCGACCUCGGCAAAGAGAUUCUCACCAAUGGAGUCCGACGAGGUGUGAAUCCAAAGAAUUGGUCCAAUCCGUCGCUCAGCGUCGAUAUUCGCACAAUAUUUGGACACGAGAAAAGCUAUUCAUAUGUCAACGAUAAAGCAAGCGAUGUCAACGACGCAAACUAUAUCAGUGUCCGCAAACUCCGUUGA